UCAUAUAAUUCAUUAAUCUAAGUAAACAUGCCAUAAAAAAGUCUCCCUGAAAUUAAGAGUAAACUCAUCAACAGCACUCCCAACCCCUGCUGCAGCUCUGCAAUUCUUACGGGCCAAUUCAACCUUUUUCACACCCAAACAUGCCGGGCCCGGGCCCGCACAUGAUUUACACGCUCGGCUCCGGCCAGGCCCUGAUGCAUGUAUCAAACGGGAGGUUCGGCCCGCACCACUGUGUUACCUACGCUAUCAACGCUUUCUUCGGGCCAGACAUCGGGUCCUUCUCCGAGUGGCUGACUUCAACUCUGGGUUUGGGCCGGGUCUUGGGCUCCUCCGUUGAGAGCUGGAUCCACGACCCGUUUUACUAUGUCUUGAUUCUGGGUUUCCCCUUGUCGCUGCUCUACGGUUGGAUCUCCCGAUUUGUGCUCCAUAAGGGCGUUCUUGAUUCCUUUUCUGGGGUGCCCCUAACGGUGAAACAGUGCUUCUUGUUGGUAUUUGCCGGAUCUUUGUCGCACUUUUUCUUAGAUCAUUUGUUUGAGGAGAAUGGACAUUCUUCCAUGUAUACAUGGAUAUUGAGCACCGGUUGGUGGAAAACUCGAGCACCAAUCAAUCCCGAUGCUGUCGUUGUGAUUAGCCUUUUGUGUGCAAGCUUAAUCGGAGGUUUCAUUUACAUCUACAGGUUCACUGAGAGUGAAGCCCUUGAAGUCUUCAAGAAAACAGUAUCACAAAUCAUUGAGACUGAUCCUAGUAAUUGCAAGUGCAUACUGCCUGUGGUGCGCGAGCCAGAUUUAUUUGGUCAGUCCUCGUCGGCCAGCGGUCGGUGAGGAGGCCGACCUUGGCGUUCUUGUGUUCCUUGGCGUGUUCUUCUUCCUCCCUCACUGGCUCUGCAUUCUGUCGAUGAACUCAAGGGACGUUGUUGACUCCGCCGAACAACUCCCUCUUUAGAAAAGCAUUUAUCGACUUCGAUCAUCAUGCCACAGCAUAUAUACCGGUUGUAA